GAAAAGUGCUGAUUAAGUCUACUGGCAUCAAAAAUGUGCUAACAAAGUGAUCAAGCAACAAAAACAGCAAAAUUAUUUGGAAAUAAAAGUAAAUUUAAAAUUUUCUGGAAUUAAAUGAUUGGCAAUGGCUGAAAAAGAUAUUAAAGAAUGCAGAGACAAGUUCCAUCAAGUGCUAACGCAUAUGAAGCCACAGGAUUUGCUGAAGGAUGACACAUUUCUGGAGAAAAUGCAAACAUAUUUAUCGCAGGCUGAAUAUAAUGAUUUCAUCAAAGAUCCAGUAACAAUGAAUUGGAUUGAGCAGUCAAUUAAUGCUUUUGAUGAUCCAGAAACAAUUCCGUCGCAACAGAUAGCAAAUUUCACCUUGAAGAUUUUGUGCUUUAUUUGCUCGAAUGAAUGGAACUUUGUUGAGAUAAAAGAGAAAGGCUUAUUGGAUAAAAUAAAAUUUGGUAUAGAAAAACAUCCACAGUUGCAAAAGGCACCGAUUAAAUUAAAACAUAUGCAGUUAUUGCAUGCUAUCUCACAGCAUUCAAUCGGUUUGCACUGGAUUAAACAAACGAAAUGUUGGAAUAUAGUCAUAGAUUAUUAUCAGACAACAUCAUCGAUUUAUUUGAUACGGGAAGCUAGUAUUUUCUUCUUUGAUGUUCUUGUCAAGUUCUCGGAAUUAAUGAAGGAUGACGAGUCAUGUACAGAGGCAUUGGAAGCUAUUAUGGCACCUAUAUUGACUUAUAAACAUCACGAAAAUAAUCAAUCGAUUGUUGUAGAUGAUUCCGACUUCUCAUUGGAGCUAACUCCAAGCAUUAAUGUCUUAUCUCAAAUUUUAUUGCUGUGCGUCGAAUCAAAGAAAAGAACUAGACUUGCUUACUUUAUAUUGCUCAAAUAUCGCUUCGAAAAUAAGCUAUGGGUAGCUCAAGAUGCUUUCCAAACGGAUCUAACAUUUUUAACUUCAUUAAUUCGUGCACAGAAUAUUUCUAAUAUAGCACGACUUACAUCUAUGGAUAUACCUCCAACUGAUGUCAAAUCAACGGAUUUACAACUUGAUAUACAUGCUCUCCACUUCUAUAAUUUAACUAUGUUCUGCAUGAAUCGUCAAGUACCAAAAGCAAUUAAUUCUGUAGCUGAAAUGCAUCACACAUUAUGGUUUAAAUUAGAAGAUCGAGCACCAAAAGAAGUAAUUUUAGAGAAUCAUGAUUUAAUCUUUGGUGACCAAGUCACAAUGGUACAAACAUUUCCAAUUCUAUACAUCAUUAAGUCACGCUACAAGCAAAAUGAUCAAUACAUCAUUCAAGUAUGUUCGAAAAUCUUUAAGAAAAGCUGUGAGCACACAAUUCGUAUGCUGUAUCAAUAUCGCGAUGCAUUGUCACAUGAAAAUUUUGAUUUUGUAGCUGAUUUGGCUUGUAAUUGCAUUCAGAGCAUUAUAUCCGUUAAGAAAUACUUGAAACGUGAUCGAGCAACAUUGGCACUACAAAUUUUAAUCUAUGUCCUUAAAGGAUAUGUGGAAGAGCCUGUUGAUGAUGCCGGAAGUAGCUGUGGACAUGGAAUUAAUGUUCAAUUAGUUUUACAAGCACCGAAUUUAUUGUCAGCAUUGCUGAAUGCCUUAAAUGUUAUGAUUGAUACGUUCAAAUUCUCUUGGAAGGAAUGUAUUGAAAGUACUGAAAUUGUGCCUUUAUUGUUGGAGCUUCUAGAAAAUCCCAAUUUGUCGUCUAGACAUAUUGUUGAGUCCUUCAAAUUGAUUCAGACAUCGAUCGAGCAUUUUUUAGCACCGAAUUUAGCAUUAUUGAUGGAUAAACUUGAAGGAUCAGGAAUGGAAACACUUGGACCUACUAUUUAUAAACGUCUACAUGACAUGUCAUGGGAAGUCAGAGAUUCAGUUCUUGAAUUGUUACAUGCCAUUGUCGUCAUAUCUGAUGAGAAAUUUCCGCCAUUCCAAAAGCACAUAAUCCAGAAUAAAAUUUGCCAGACAGUCGAAAUUGUUGCCAGAAAUGAUUCAGAGCCAUAUGUAAGAGCCUCAGCCUUGAGAGUUCUUGCUGCCAUGAUUAAAAUUCGUCUCUUUUGGGAACAUUCAUUGCAUGAACUGGAUGUCAAGAAGUAUGCAGUUGAAAUUCUGGGUAAUGAGAGCGAAGGUGUCGUUCGCCGUGAAGCAGUUGCUUGCAUUACAUCCAUCUACAAUUACCAACAAAUUCCAGCACAUUGUCUUGAUUUAAUAUUCUCAGUCAUGGCACAUUGUGCUGUAAAUGAUUUCUAUUGGGAAGUGCGAGUUAAUGCUCUUCAAUUUUGGUGCCUUGUCAUCCAGAGACAAUUCGUGCAUCAAGGCAUGAUCGAUGAAACAUUCCCAGCUGUUACAUUCUCAAAGGAGCACAAGAAGAUAAUCACAUUAAAUGAUAAGGAGAUCCAAAUAAGAUUAAGGAAAGUUCUUAAUGAGUUGUCAGUUCGUGGAUGUUUAGGAAUAAUGCUUGCAUGUUUACAAGACAGUGAUUUGGAAGUGAUUAAUAAGGUCGUUGUUAUAAUUGAGAAAAUGUGUGGAUACCUCAAUAAAUAUAAUUUCAUUGACGAAUAUAAGCGUAAGACAGUUAAAACAGGAAGCACUAAAAAGCCAGUCAUUGAUUCUAAUUAUGCUGAAUUCCAAAGUAUGGACGGUGCAACGAAUGUCGAAGUUCGUAAUACAGCUGAUUUGAGAAAGACAACGGAAGUUUGUAUGUCGCCAGAAAACGGUGAAAUACAAAAAUGUACAGCCAUAGAAUCGAUUAUUGAUCAAAUUCUAAAUACUGAUGACAUCACACUGCUCACAGACACAUACAAGGAGAAUCUGUCAAUGAAUUGCGCCAAGCCAUGCAACAUUGGAGAAAUUGAUGGAAAUUUAUUCAAGAAAUUCGCAACAGUUAGUUCCGAUGAUUUCCUAGAUUAUUUAAUAGAGACAGACAUGCAGCAGUUGAUUCGUGACAAGUCUGAAUGGCUGCAACAUUCCGAAAACUUCUCUACACUUUUAGACGAUGUUUUGCGAUCGUUUGGACAGAAUGUUGAUUUAGAUUGUUAUUAGAGAGUAAGUCUCUAUAUGCACAGAAUUACACGAGUGCCCAUAAUUAGAAAUAUUUUUGUUAUACCUUUUCUUUAUAUUUUGUCCCCGAG